AUGUCUGUGGUCUAUCAUCCCGCACCCUCAAUCAACUUGCAGCGGUUUAGCCUUGAAACCGCUAAAUUCAUUGGCACCGAUUCGUUUGUAUUUGUUCACUGCCACGUGAUCGUAUGCAACGCAACCGACCCAGAUUCCGAAUGUGCGAAGAAGCGUCCAUCAGGUAACCGAGGAAAACGUCAAGUAAGCGAUCACCAGAUGGAUGAAAAGUAUUCUUUGACCCAGGGUCCGCUCCUUCAUGUUAGGGAGAAGAAAGAAGAGAAGGAAAGCAAUGGUGGAGCCAGUAACGAGAAGAAUGCUUCUGAUACUACCUUUGUAGUAGGUCUGGUAGUGAUAUGCAUUGCUUGCUUGGCGGCCAUGGGAACUGGACUGGUAAUCUUUAGGAAGCUACGAGACAAGCUGUCUACUGCAGAGGUUUACAGUGAUCAUGAGAAGGAAAAGCCUGAGCAUUGA